GGGGGGCGCGCACGUGCGGGCCGGCCGCCGGGAUGCGCGCGAUGCGGUGCCGGGCCGUGCGCGCUCUGCUGCGGGGCCGCUACCGCGAAGUGCUGCCGCUGGCGGCGUUCGCGCGGCGCCUGGGACCCGAGGGCCGGCGGCUGGUGCGGCGCGGGGACCCGGCGGCCUUCCGCCAGCUGGUGGCACGCUGCCUGGUGUGCGUGCCCUGGGACGCGCCGCCGCCGCCCGCCCCCACCUUCCGCCAGGAGUCCAGCCUGAAGGAGCUGCUGGCCAGGGUGCUGCAGCGGCUGUGCGAGCGCGGCGCGAGGAACGUUCUGGCCUUCGGCUUCGCGCUGCGGGACGAGGCGCACGGCGAGCCGCCGCUGGCCUUCACCGCCAACGUGCGCAGCUUCCUGCCCAACUCGGCGGCCGAGACGCUGCGCGGGAGCGGCGCGUGGGCGCUGCUGCUCAGCCGGCUGGGCGACGCCGUGCUCGCCUACCUGCUGGCGCGCUGCGCGCUCUACCUGCUGGUGCCGCCGGGCUGCGCCUACCAGGUGUGCGGGGCACCGCUCUACGAUCUGUGCGCGGGCUGGGGGCGGGGCGGCGCGGGGGCGUGGGCGCCGUCGCCUGAGAGGCCCCGCAGCGGCCGCGCAGCGCCCGUGGCGCGCUCGGACCCCCGGGAGGCCCCCCGGCCCCGGCUGCGCGCUGAGGCCCGGCGCUUCCUGUACAGCGCGGGCGCGGGGGAGCGGCUGCCCGCCACCUUCCCACUGGGCACGCUGCCGCCCUCCCUGGCCGGGGCAGGCGCGCUGGUGCGGACCGUUUUCCUGGGCGCGCAUCCCCGCGCGCCGCACCGCCUGCCCCCGCGCUACAGGCGGAUGCGGCCGCUGUUCCGCGAGCUGCUGGCCAACCACGCCAGGUGCCCCUACGGCGCGCUCCUCCGUGCGCACUGCCCUGUGCCCGCCGCCCCCGGCGCGGACGCGGCUCCCCGGCCGCUCCUGCAGCUCCUGCAGCAGCACAGCCCCCGCUGGCAGGUGUACGCGCUCCUACGCGCCUGUCUGCGUCGCCUGGUGCCCGCCAGCCUCUGGGGGUCCCGGCACAAUGAGCGCCGCUUCCUGCGCACCGUCAGGAAGUUUGUGUCGCUGGACAAGUGCGCGCGGCUGUCGGCGCAGGAGCUGAUGUGGAAGAUGAGGGUGCGGGACUGCUCCUGGCUAUGCGCCCGCCCAGGGGCGCACUGUGUCCCUGCCCCGGAGCACCGGCGCCGGGAGGCCAUCCUCGCCUGCCUGCUGGGCUGGCUGCUGGACACCUACGUCGUGGCCCUGCUCAGAGCCUUCUUCUACGUCACGGAGACCACGUUCCAGAAGAACAGGCUCUUUUUCUACCGGAAGUGUGUGUGGAACGAGCUGCAGAGCAUCGGCAUGAGGCAGCACCUGGUUCGGGCUCAGCUGCGGAGGAUGUCAAAGGCUGAGGUUCAGCAGUUUCGAGCGGCCAGGCCUGCCCUGCCCACGUCCAGGCUGCGCUUCUUGCCCAAGGCCAACGGGUUGCGGCCCAUUGUCAGCACCGACAGUGUGGUGGGCAUCACGGGCCUCGGUGGAGAACAGAAGGGCCUGACAGCCACACAUGUUGCCUCUCAGGUGAGGACGCUGUUUGGGGCGCUCAAUUAUGAGCGUAUGCAGCACCCCAGCCUCCUGGGAUCCUCCGUGCUGGGCCUGGAUGACAUCCUCAGGGCUUGGCGGGACUUUGCCCUGCGCCAGCGGUCCCAGGACCCUGCACCCCAGCUGUGGUUCGUGAAGGUAGAUGUGACAGGGGCCUACGACACGCUCCCUCAGGACAAGGUGGUGCAGGUAGUCGCCAGAGCGCUUCAGCCCCGUGACGGCACCUACUGUGAGCGCCGGUAUGCGGUGGUCCAGGGAGGCCCCCAUGGGCUUGCCCGCAGGGCCUUCAAGACAAAUGUGUCCACGCUGGCGGACCUCCGGCCCUACCUCAGUCAGUUUGUGCAGCAGCUGCAGGAGGCUGGUUCGCUUCGGGACGCUGUGCUGGUGGAGCAGAGCUUCUCUCUGAAUGAGGCUAGCGGCCGCCUCUUUGACUUCUUCCUGCACCUGCUGCGGAAUCACGUCAUAAGGAUCAGGAACAAGUACUAUGUGCAGUGCCAGGGCAUCCCCCAGGGCUCCAUCCUUUCCACGCUGCUCUGCAGCCUCUGCUACGGCCACAUGGAGGAGACGCUGUUUGCCGGGACCCAGCAGGAUGGGCUGCUCCUGCGCUUGGUGGACGACUUCCUGCUGGUCACCCCACACCUGACCCAGGCCAAGGCCUUUCUCAGGACGCUGCUGAGCGGGGUCCCCGAGUAUGGCUGCACUGCCAGCCCGCAGAAGACGCUGGUGAACUUCCCUGUGCAGGCAGGCGAGCUGGGGGCCGUGGUGCCCCACCAGCUCCCGGCCCACUGCCUGUUCCCCUGGUGUGGCCUGCUGCUGGACACGCGCAGCUUGGAGGUGUGCUGCGACUACUCCAGUUACGCCCAGACGUCCAUCCGCGCCAGCCUCGCCUUCUCCCAGGGCCACAAACCUGGCAGGAACAUGCGGCGUAAACUCCUCCAGGUCCUGCGGCUCAAGUGCCAUGGGCUCUUCCUGGACCUGCAGGUGAACUCCUUGCCCACAGUCUACACGGCCAUCUACAAGAUCUUCCUGCUGCAGGCCUACAGGUUCCACGCCUGCGUCCUGCAGCUCCCGUUUGGCCAGGGCGUCCACCAGAACCCCGGCUUCUUCCUCCGGCUGGUGUGGGACACUGCUGCCCACGGCCACACCCUCCUGUGUGCCCGGAACCCAGGAAUGUCACUGGGGGCGCCGGGAGCCUCGGGCCUGUUCCCGCAGGAAGCAGCACAGUGGCUGUGCCUGAGGGCCUUCCUGCUGAAGCUGGGCCGCCACACGGCCACCUACUGCCGCCUGCUGGGGCCCCUCCGCGCAGCCCAAGAGGAGCUGCGCCGGCAGCUUCCACGGGCCACGCUGGCCGCCCUGGACGCAGCAUCCUGCCCUGCCCUGAUCGCCGACUUCAGGACCAUCCUAGAUUGAGCCACGCUGCCCCCCAGGC